ACCAAACAAUUCUUCCUUCUUUCUCCUGUUUUCAUAUACAGAUCACCAUAAUCCUUUCUUCAUAUUUUCCCCCUUACUAAACCCUUUUCCUCUUCCUCUCUAAUAAGGGUUUUUUGUUUGUUUCUUUUCCCUUAACCUUUUCAUACUUCAUCUUCCUGAAUUCCAAUUGAACAUUUGUGCAUGGAAUUUGGGUAUAUUGAAAGGCAACAAUUGGUUGAUCCUCGACAUGUGUAUACAUAUCUACCCAGAUGGUCAAUUGGGUUGCGUCCAAACUUGAAUCUUGAUUAUCAGGUACCCCAUCCUGGUGGGGUUUUGGGUUUUGGGGGAAACCAAGAUGCGAUUCUACGAAUGGAAAUGGAAAGGUCAAUGUCACUCUUUCAGAUUAUGGGCGCUGAAGGGUUAGUGCCUUCGCUAGAGGAGGAAAUGAAGAGGAGAAAUGCUAUUCACAAGCUCAAAAAGAUAGUGAGGGAAUGGGUCCAGACAGUGUCUUACCAUCACGCUCUUCCAGAAAGAUACCUCAGGUUUGCCUCUGGCACAAUAUUGACAUAUGGAUCAUAUGGUCUAGGAGUUCAUAAUUCGGAGUCUGAUAUUGAUGCAUUAUGUGUUGGACCGUGCUUUGCAACAAUAGAAGAAGACUUUUUCAUUGUUCUGCGCAACAUUCUCGCGAGCAGACCAGAAGUAUCAGGUAUUCACUGUGUCAAAGGUGCGAAGGUUCCUCUGAUGAGAUUCAAAUUUGAAGGGAUCUCUAUUGAUCUUCCAUAUGCACGACUAAAAGUAAUAUCCAUACCUGAGGAUGUGGAUGUAUUCAAUCCGUUCUUCUUGAAGAAUAUUGAUGACAAGAGUUGGAAAAGUCUGUCUGGUGUUCGUGCAAAUAGGAGAAUUCUUCAACUUGUGCCAAAUGUAGAGAUAUUUCAGGCAGUUCUGCGUUGUGUUAAACUAUGGGCAAAGAAACGAGGAGUUUAUGGGAAUUUGCUUGGAUUCUUUGGAGGAGUUCAUCUAGCAGUGCUUUCAGCAUUCAUCUGUCAAAGGCAUCCAACAGCCAGCUUGAGUGCACUUUUUUUUAUUUUCUUCAAAACAUUUGCCUUUUGGCCUUGGCCGACUCCAGUAAUUUUACAAGAUGGAGUUGCUUGGCCAUUUAUUCCCACGGAUAAAGUUUUGUGGAUGCCAAUCCAGUUACCGUGUAGCCCAUAUCAAUUUUGUCAUUCAAACACGGUCCGAAGUACAUUUUUCAUAAUCAAGAGUGAGUUGCUGAGAGGGCAUACACUGACUAAGGAUAUUUUAAGGCCAGAUUUUGAUUGGAAUAACCUGUUUGAGCCCUAUCCUUAUCCAAGAAAAUAUGAGAAGUUUGUCAAAAUUUUCCUCUCAGCUUCUGAUAAAGAUGAGCUAGGUGACUGGGUGGGUUGUGUCAAAUCACGCUUUCGCUGCCUAAUUAUCAAACUGGAGGAGUUGCUGGGGUUUUGUGACCCCAACCCAACAGAGUAUGUUGACGUUGAUGCAUCCGAGCCCAAUCUCGUUUUUUAUUGGGGAUUGCCUCCUGCUAUGACUGAUAUGAUAAAUAUAGGUCACGUGGAGGUAGAGUUCUUGAAGAGUGCGAACAAUGUAUAUCAAGGCCCAACUGGGAAGCUGAAGUUAUCAAUUGUGCAAGCUGAUCAGUUACCUUAAAAGGCCCACUUUAAUAGUGAGCUCCAGAGUGCAAAGCCUUGUUGGAGGUUGUGGGGAGCAAUCCGUGAAUAGUUCCUGUAUACUACAAAUACCAACCAUCUGUGUUUUUGAUGGAUAUUUGACCACAAAUGCACGUCCUGAGUACCCAAAUGCUGGGGGUUGAGCUGCUGCCGCCCCUUCUGUUGUUCAACGCCUCAGUCAGUUUGCUCUUCCACAGAGCGAAAAAGGUUCAACACAGUUUGUAUUCGUGGUCAGUACAGAGAAGAAUGACACGAUUGUACAUUUUGAGUGUUGUUACUUGUAAAUCCUCUCAUAGUGUAAAUGCUUUUGCUCUUGAAAAACACAUUGAAGAAAUGAACGCGUUCUUUUGCGCCAGUCUUGCA